AUUGAGCGAUGCGCGAACCGUCUGCAUCAGUUCACGGCGAUAUGCUCCCUGAUCUCAUGGGCAAAGUCAUGAUCGUUACAGGAGGAAACAGUGGUAUCGGGUACGCGACUGUCCAGCAACUGGCUCGUCGAGGUGCAAAGGUAUACAUUGCAGGGCGGAGUCAAGAACGGGUGUCUGCGGCCAUAGCGCGCCUGCACGAAGAGGGCCUGGAGCCGGGGAACGGGAAGCUCGAAUGGCUCGAGUUGGACCUUGAGGCCCCUAGCAAGAUUAAGGACGUAGCGGCCGCGUUCCUCAAGAAGGAGGGCAGGCUGGACGUUUUGGUGCAUAACGCUGGAAGGAUGCGAACACCAUAUGUGCUUGGCGAGGGAGGGAUUGAAAAGUCUAUGCUUGUCAACUAUGUCGGGCCAUUCCUCCUCACAAAAGCGCUACUGCCACUCAUGACAAAAACCGCCAAAGAGAAAAAUGGCGACGUCCGGAUCGUUACGCUAUCUUCAAGUGAGAUAAGGCAGUUGAAAGGCUAUGAGGUCCGUUACCGCAAUUUGGAUGACUGGAACAAGGAAUAUGCGGGCGAGAAGUUCCCAAUCGUAGGGGCGAAGAAAGAUGACCAGCUUCGUUAUUCACAAACGAAACUGGCCAUUACACUCUAUACCCGAGAGCUGCAGAGAAGACUCGACACUGACGGAGUACCUAUCACCGUCAUGUCCGUACACCCGGGAUGGGUCUACACGGAAGGUUUUCUGAAGGACCCGCUGCACGAUAUCCCUAUCCUAGGGUGGUUAUUGAACUUUAUCUUUAAGCUCACCUUCAAGACUCCGACGGAGGGGGCGCAGGCUUCCGUGUUCGCGGCGGCAUCACCAGAUGUAGCCGAGAGGAGAGAUCGCUUCAAGGGCGCGUAUUUGGUAUCCCCUGGGAAGAUCGCCACUCCACAACACCCGCAGGCGGAGAGCGUAGUUUUAGCCGAGGAGCUCUGGAAGGCUACUGAACCCAUCGUGAGGCAAUGGGAAGGCUGAGUGUAUGAAGAUGUAUCCACUGCUGUCGUUGUGACGUGGCCCAUCUAUGCUAUUGUAAUCACAGUGCA